AACAACUAAGCAAGCGAAAUAAAGACUUGAGUAUUUCAAAAUGAGUGUCUUUCAUAUAAUUCAGGAUGUAGUUUAUGAAAAUAAAUUCGUCUUCUAUAUAUUCUUUGGAUUUUUUAUUGGUUUCAUAGCUCUACGGCAGUAUUUAUAUGGAACAAGAUAUACCGGAACAGCACGACUAGAUGACAAGACAGUGAUUAUUACGGGCGCUAGUUCAGGAAUAGGUAAAGAGGUGGCAAAGAACCUGGCAAAAAGAGGUGCAAAAGUGAUAUUAGCCUGUCGAGACUUGGCGAAAACUAACAAGGUUGUUGACGAGAUAAAAAGACAGAUACGAGAUACUAAGAUUGUUGUUAAACAUCUAGACUUAGCUUCACUUCAGUCAAUAAGAAAGUUUGCUAAAGACAUCAAACAGAAUGAAGAGAGACUGGACAUACUGAUUAACAAUGCUGGUGUGUUUUACUGCCCUGAUGGCUUUAGAACUGACGAUGGAUUUGAGAUGCAGUUUGGUGUCAAUCAUUUGGGUCACUUCCUGCUGACAAAUUUACUCCUUGGUUUACUGAAGAAAUCUGCGCCUAGUCGUGUCGUAACAGUUUCAUCUAAUGCCCAUGAAAAAGGAAGAAUAAAUUUUGAUGAUAUCAACAGUGAAAAGAAAUAUGAACCCAGAGCCUGUUACGAUCAGAGUAAGCUGGCCAACGUGUUGUUCUCUAGAGAGCUGUCUAAACGGUUAAGAGGUUCUGGUGUUACAACAUACAGUUUACAUCCGGGUGUGGUACGAACAAAUAUAUCGAAAUAUGUACGACAACAACGAGUUUUUUCUCGACCUCUAAUUGACCUUUAUUUGGUUCUUCCCCUUUUUAAAGACAGUGAGCAAGGUACAUCAACGAUUAUAUACUGUGCAGUUGACGAAUCCUUGACGAAAGAGUCGGGCAAUUAUUAUAGGGAAUGUUCAGAAACAAUACCAGGAAAACAAGCAUUAGAUGACGGAGUCUCAAAAAAAUUAUGGGAAUUAUCAGAAAAGAUGGUUGGCCUAACAUGAUUAGCAGAAGUAUUGAUUUUAACCUACUUCAGAUGGACCUCUCCAUAUUCAACAUGACUAUUGACCUAAUACAAUAUAAACAAUAUUCUAAAUAUACAAUUAUGUAUAAUAUAACAACAGUAUAUUCGGUGUAUUUGAUACGCCUGAACAUUAUCCUUACACAAAGAUUUUUUUCAAAUGAAAUGGCCUUUUAUAGCUAACUAUUUGUGGUAUGGGUUUCGCUCAUUGUUGAAGGCCUUACGGUGACUUAUAGCUGUUAACUUCUAUGUCAAUUGGUCUCUGGUGGAGAGUUGUCUCAUUUUCAAUCAUACCACAUCUUCUUAUUUUCAUAUUGUUGGAGGCUGUCGUUCAGACUAAAUUAUAUUCAUAAAUAGCACAGUACUACAAGUAUUUAGGUUUUAACCCCUGUCAGUCAUUUGAAGUAAUUUAAGUUUUGUGACAUUAAAAUUGGUAUUUCUUUACAAACACGGUUUGAUAAUGCCAAAGUAAAAAUUAACGUCAAUUUGAACAUGUUCGGUGUGAGCCAAGGCUCCGUGUUGAAGGCCGUACUUUGACCUACAAUAGUUUACUUUUACAAAUUGUGACUUGGAUGGAGAGUUGUCUCAUUGCCACUCAUCUCACAUCUUCUUAUAUCUAUAUAUCCUAUAAGACUCUAUUUUUAUUAAAUAUGUACUUUUCAAAUGAUAAUUUAUUGUUCUUGCUAUGACAUAUUUUCAUUUGAAAGUUUUAUUGCAUUUUACCCGGUAUUUGUAAAAUAAGUAAAAGGACAAACUAGAUAAACUGCUGAGUGGCGAAAUCUGCCGUGAAUAACAAUGAGUUAUAUUAGCAGCUACAUGUAAUAUAAUGACGUCCCUUUAGUACAAGUCCAUAUUUAAUCAUGCAGAAUGUGAUUUAUGGGUGGAAAGACUACAUAUGAGAUUUGUUAUAUUAUUUAAGAUAAAAAAAGGAUGUUGAAAUUGAUAUAUAAUUUUUCAUAUGGACCCUUACCAGGUGAUUUAUAAAUUCUUUAGAAUGCAUUAUAAAACUCGUUUUAAGGGAAAAAACUCCAAUAAUAUCCUAUAAAAUAUAUUGUAAAAUGUAUGUUAAUUAUAUGUCUUUGUAAGGCAGAAAGUACCGAUUAUAAGGUUAUCUGCAUAUUGAUAUUGUAUAAUAUCAGCUGUUACUCACAUUAUGAAGCUUUUUGUCGAGUGAGUGCCGCAAACGAGUUCAAAAAGGCUCCAUACUGUUUCGAGCAGCUGAUAUUUUACAAUAUCCAUAUGCAGACAACCUGAUAAUCGGUACUUAAUUAUUAUUAUUAUUAUUAUUAUUAUUAUUAUUAUUAUUAUUAUUAUUUUUAUUAUUAUUACGUAGAAAACUACAUUUACUCUUCUAAGUUGAUUACUUUACGUCAUACUGGUUCUUUUCAAAACAAUUAUGUGGUCAGCUUAUGGACUGAUGACUAUCAUUUCAAGCGCCAAAUAUCAAUGACCAAAUGUUUCAACUUAGGACAUCAAAAUGCAUGUCUUUAUGUGGUCUCAGGAUGGUUAUAAAUGUUUUUCCAUUAAAUGUUUUUCAAAGCGUCACUGAUUUUAAU